GCGAUAGUAGAUGUAACAAUUACGAAUUUUAUACAUGGUUUUUUAAUUGCUUUUAAAAAUUGCAUAAUAAUUACAGACGACGCUACUUUUACCAAUUGAGUUGGUAAACGUAAUUGAAGAUGGUCGAAAACGAAUGAUAAAUGUCAUUCUAAUUCUUUUAAAAGAUUCUAUUAUAUCUUAAAAACUUUUGUAUUGUUUUCAAUUAAAAUUCUUGAAAAGAUUAUUUUCAUAGCCGUUUUUAUGGCCUUUUAUAAAUGUUUGUGUUUUAGUUAUAAUUGUAAGAAAGUCGAAUAUAAAUACAAUAUCAAUGAUAUGAUAUAUAACCUCAAUGGCGAGGUUUCUGGCUAAGUAAAUGCGUAAUUAAAUAUCCUUGAGGAGCGUCAUUAUUCUUCAGUCUUUUUCGUUAAUAAUAUGUGCCGAUGACUGAAAUACAAAUAGUUUAUAAACAUUCUAUUCGAACAAACAAAAUGUCUAGUACGUGGUAUCAACAAGUGUUUGCCCUAGAUGCCAAAUAUAAUGCACAACGUGCAAGUAAAUUGCCUACAUUAGGCAUACUUUAUAUUCGUAGACGAAAUCAAUUAUUGAGAGAAAAACCAUUUAAAGAGCAUGAUAUUCGUACGCAGUACUUGAAAUUACGUUCAGAUUUAUUAUACAAACGGUAUGGAGAGAAUAUCGAGCAAAAUAACAUUAUAAACAAUUCUUUACAAGAAGAAAUUUCAGAGAAUGUACCAAAAUCUCAUUUUGUCCAAAAGAAAUCAACAGCAGAGAAUUUUGCUUUUGCUGGAGUUCAUCAUGCUUUUGAUCAACAUACUGCAGCCGUAAUAAUGCUUAAAUUUGCCAAUAACGAUAGGUCCAGAUUAGGCUGUGCAUCUUUAGAUGGAACUUUAUCGAUAUGCGAAGUUGUUAAUACACCACCGCAAGUAUUUGCUGUACUUGAAGGUCAUCAGAAAGGAGUUACAGCUUUUGAUUGGAGUAUUAGCAAUGAUUUGAUAGUAUCAUCUUCUUUGGAUGCUACUAUUCGUCUUUGGAAAGUACAUAUAGAACCUAAGUGUUUACGAGUGGUUAAAGAUCCACAAAACGCAGAAAUUUUUUGUUGUGCAUUUAUACCAGCUAAUAAUAAUUUAGUAGUUACUGGUAAUUCACAUGGCUUGAUUCAAAUUUUAAAUGUAUCAACAGGAAUUUAUACACGUGGUGGUUCAUGCAAACUAGGGGAAAAGAUUUUAUCAUUAACUUGUGAAGAAAGUGGUGGCUCAUUAAUAUGGGCUGGAAGCGACAGAGGUACUAUUACUUCAUUACAAUUAGAGGCUAGGACAGGAAGGCUUUCAAAAUUGCAAAGAGUUCAGAAAUUAAAUAGUAUGGUAACUAGUCUCUCUUGGCGUUCUUGGCAUUCGAAAGAAAUACCAUGGCCAGUCUUUUUGGCAAGUACUGCUUGCAAUGCGGUAUUAUUGUAUCGCGUUGCUGAUAAUCAGGGUUCUCUGAAAUUGUUGAAAAAAUAUCCUAUUAAACACAGGUAUUUUACUGAAGAACUUUCUUUCUUUAGUCAAAAUUAUAAUAUUAAUUAUUGCAUGAUUUACAGACUUCAUUGUAUAAGGUCUACAUUUUGUCCUCAAAUGGGAGCUUGUUUAAUAGCAACUGGUUCAGAAGAUGGUGCUAUUCAUCUUUUUGAUUCUUCCAAAGAUGGUAAAGCUGCAAGAGUAAAUCUACUUCAUGGUCACGCAAGACCUGUACUUGCUCUCUCGUUUAAUUAUGACGAAUCAUUUCUCGCUUCUGGAGAUCAUCAAGGACUUAUUAUUUUAUGGCGCAAUCACCAACGCCAUUUGUAGUCAUUAUUCAAUUAAUUAAUUUUGAUUUUUGUUUAAUUAUUAAUAUAUUACAAUAUAAAACUGAUAGGAGAAUGAGCAAUUUAUUGCUUGCUAAAUAAGUAUUAAUAAUUAGAUAUGUACAGUAUUUGAUUAACAGUACAACUAACUCAAAUAGUGAAAAACUUAGAGUAGUAGAUAAUUUAUUUUUAAACAUUGUAAUUAUAUACAAAAGAAAACAAGCAAGAAUGACAAGAUCCUUCAAAAUGUUCUUCACCUAAAAUAGUUUACUAUUAAUUUACACUUUAUGCAAUACUUUUCUGAGAUUCGUUACAAAAUUGAUCGAAAUACGACUAUAUAUCUCGUUCUCAUCACAGAUCUAUUAACAAUACAUAGAGAUUAACACUAUCACGUGGUUUUGUAUAAACUGAUUUGUCAAAUAUAAUAAUAUUUUGCUGUUGCUAAAAAUAAGCGUUAAGUCAUGGUAUAAUUCUUUUUGCAAUGCUGUGAUGCUUAAAAGAAAUGCUUUACCCUAGAAGUAAUAAUAUCAAGAAAAAAAUAAAAGUGACGAUAAAUAGAUAAA